AACCAAAAUGCUACAUAUUUCUACCUAUGAUCCUUUUCUUAAUGGUGCUGGUCUUGGUCUUGUUUGGUUACGGGGUCCUAAGCCCCAGAAGCCUAAUGCCAGGAAGCCUGGAACGGGGGUUCUGCAUGGCUUUUAGGGAACCAGACGGUCUGCAGCGUGUCUCAUUGCCAAGGAUGGUCUAUCCCCAGCCAAAGGUGCUGACACCCUGGAAGGACGUCCUUGUCGUGACCCCUUGGCUGGCUCCCAUUGUCUGGGAGGGCACGUUCAACAUCGACAUCCUCAACGAGCAGUUCAGGCUCCAGAACACCACCAUUGGGUUAACUGUGUUUGCCAUCAAAAAAUACGUGACCUUCCUGAAGCUGUUCCUGGAGACGGCGGAGAAGCAUUUCAUGGUGGGCCACCGGGUCCACUACUACGUCUUCACCGACCAGCCGGCUGCGGUGCCGCGCGUGGCGCUGGGGACCGGUCGGCAGCUGUCGGUGCUUGGGGUGCGCGCCUAUAAGCGCUGGCAGGACGUGUCCAUGCGCCGCAUGGAGAUGAUCAGCGACUUCUGCGAGCGGCGCUUCCUCAGCGAGGUGGAUUACCUGGUGUGUGUGGACGUGGACAUGGAGUUCCGUGACCACGUGGGCGUGGAGAUCCUGACUCCACUGUUCGGCACCCUGCACCCUGCCUUCUAUGGAAGCAGCCGGGAGGCCUUCACCUACGAGCGCCGGCCCCAGUCCCAGGCCUACAUCCCCAAGGACGAGGGUGAUUUCUACUACUUGGGGGGGUUCUUCGGGGGGUCGGUGCAGGAGGUGCAGCGGCUCACCAGGGCCUGCCACCAGGCCAUGAUGGUCGACCAGGCCAACGGCAUCGAGGCCGUGUGGCAUGACGAGAGCCACCUGAACAAGUACCUGCUGCGCCACAAACCCACCAAGGUGCUCUCCCCCGAGUACCUGUGGGACCAGCAGCUGCUGGGCUGGCCUGCGGUCCUGAGGAAGCUGAGGUUCGCGGCGGUGCCCAAGAACCACCAGGCGGUCCGGAACCCGUGAGCGGCUGCCAGGGGCUCUGGGAGGGCUGCCGGCAGCCCCCCUCCCGCCCUUGGUUUUAGCGGAACGGGUAAACGCUGCUUCCUUUGUCUGUCCUGUUGCGAGUAACUGAAGCCUAGGUCUCACCCCCACCUCAAAUCACACACACCCCCUUCCCGCCACAGAGACAC